AAGUUGAUGAAGUACAACGAAACAGCUGAUCGGAUGUAAACAAAAUAGAAUGCUGGAUAUCGCUGCACAACUCCUUGCCGUGGGCCUCUUGUGGGGCGUUACCAAUCCGUUUAUUCGCCUCGGCAGCCAGGGAAUCGAGUCGGUUGGUGAUACGGGCUCAAAGUGGCGUAACUUUGUCCAGGAGGCACGCACAAUCGGCUCCCGGUGGCGCUAUUGGAUACCCUUCGGUCUCAACCAGUGCGGGAGUGCUCUGUACGUUUGGACGCUCCAGAGGGCCAGUAUUACAGUGGCGGUGCCAGUGGCCAAUUCCCUGAGCUUCGCAUUUACGGCAAUCACCGGAUAUGCGCUGGGGGAAAAACUGCCGGGAAGAAGUAAGCUAAAUGUCUAAGUAACAACCUUGUCCACUUUGUUUACCAACUGCUCCCGCAGAAGUCAUUCUGGGCACCCUGCUCGUCUGCUGUGGCAGUAUCCUGAUGAUAUACGAUAAGAUUUUGCAGGAACAGGCCCAGCACCAGCUAAAUAUAACAUUCCACUGAGGUUACCCUAAACCC